CCAAUGCCCAAUGGCUCUAUCUCGCCCAUCCCCAAGCCCCCCCUUUCCCCUCAUGGCCUUGCUAAGACUCAUUUCCUUUGAUCAGAGUUCAUUCCGCCGGAUGGAAGACUCUCCGCGGAGGGCUAUAUAAGCCCUCUCCUCGUCCUCCAUUGUCCGGGCCAGUUCCUUCUUCCGUUUCUAUCUCUCCAAGUCUCUCGUCUGCUUCCCUUAAACUCGUCGGAGUCAUUCAUCGACUCUCUUGUAUCUGCCCUCUGACAUACCAGCCCCUUGAUAGGCAUCAGUCGUUGAACCUUCUUUGCCAUUGAACCCACUGUUCUAUUCUCCUUCAUCGGCUCCAAACCUCUUUUCACAAUGGCGACACACCACUAUCAGUCUCCCGCUCUCCCCAUCAACGUCCCCUCUAAGGCUCCAGCUCAGGCUAGUCUUUAUCCUGUCGGUCGAGUGUCGGGAUCACCUCCUGAUAUCUCCGACGCCAGCACCACGGCAGGAAGCCGUACCUCCGCUGGAUUCAGUUAUGCAUCCGGAAGCAUUGGCGGCGAUUAUGACUCCAGCUCUGCCUCAUACUCUGGAGUCGAUGUUGUUGAUGUUUUGAAUGAUCGCAUGCAGGAUAUGUUUGACCCAACACCAUUGGAUAAGGGAUUGGCGAUGCAGGCGCAAGCUUCCGGUCAGUUGAAUGCGAAGCAGCGCGAGCUGAUCGAGCUGCAAGCUCUUGCACAAAGGCGCCUAAAGGGCGUGCGCGCCAGUUUUGCCGAUGGCAUCAAAGUCGCUCGAGAAACCAAGCGGGAUUUGGAAUGGACCCAGAAACGCGUCAAUGCUUUGAAGGCCAAAGCUGAACAUGCUCAUCCCGAUGAGUAUCGGCGUGCGGCCAAGAAAUACACCUUCGACGAUAACUGAGCGACAAAAAGGGAUCGUGUUGGGAAGUGGCCGAGACGAAUUUGCGAGGCAAACACUCCCGUCGAGACCACGAAAGCUGGCUUUCCGGUAAAUUGGCUUCUAUGGGUUUUGGAUUUGGCGUGCUUGAUUUCGGGAUGGACUUUUUUGAUUUGCGAUACCGUUUAGCUGGGAGGGUUUCUGGGAUAACCCCUGUCGUCGAUGUUCCGUUGGCGGCGCAAUGUAAUAUUGGGCCUGCUGGUCUUUGGUGGGAAUUUUCAUAUUCGGCAAUAUAUCUUCAUUUUUCUUGCAG